GCGCGCCAUGUGUCCUCCGCGGGGCGCGCUGCUCCGAGCCCGGCCGCGGCUCCUUUAACCCGAGAAGGGGAGCGGGGCGGAGGGGCGGCGGGGCGGCUCACGAGGAGGGCUCUUUCUUUCUUCUUUUUUUGAAUGAACCGUGUGACGUACGUACAGGAAACCAGUCGGUUAGAGAGAAUGAAGUAAGAGGCCAGCCCCCACCCCCCCCCCGCCCCGCGCCCGCCCCCUUCCUCCCCGCCCCCUCCCCCGCCCGCCGCGCUCCCUCCCGCCGCUCUCGGUUUCCCCGCCGGGCCGCCGCCGCCGCCGCUGCCAGCGAAGGUGCCGGGCGCCGGGCCCUCCCCGCCGGCGCGGCCGUCAUCGCCCGGAGCGGGUGCGCGGCGGGAGCGCGGAGGGGGCGGCCGCCGCUAGCGCCGCCGCGCAGGAGCAGGAGGAGGAGAAAGGGUGCGCAGCCCGGAGGCGGGGUGCGCCGGUGGGGUGCAGCGGAAGAGGGGGUCCAGGGGGGAGAACUUCGUAGCAGUCAUCCUUUUUAGGAAAAGAGGGAAAAAAUAAAACCCUCCCCCACCACCUCCUUCUCCCCACCCCUCGCCGCACCACACACAGCGCGGGCUUCUCGCGCUCGGCACCGGCGGGCCGGGCGCGUCCUGCCUUCGUUAUCAAGCAGCUUUUCGGAAAAUGCAUUUGCCGUUCGGAGUUUAAUCAGAAGAGGAUUCCUGCCCCCGUACCCGGCUCGCCCGGCGGCCCCCGGUCCCUGUCUGUCUCCCGUGGAGGAGUGAAGCGGUCCCGCGGAUAGAGAUCCAUGUCUGUGCCCGCGCGUGUGUGUGCGUGUGUAAAUUGCCGAGAGGGGGAAAAUCACAGGACUUCUGCAAAUACGGGACUGAAAAUUGUAAUUCAUCUGCCGCCGCCGCUGCCUUUUUUUCCUCGUGCUCUUGAGAUCUCCGGUUGGGAUUCCUACGGAUUGACAUUUCUGUGACGGAGAAGUCUGGGAAUCAAACUGGAAAUUCUCCUAAUUUUUUACCCUCCCUCCCCCAACUCCUGAUUCAUUUGGAAGUUUCAAAGCAGCUAUAACUGGAGAGUUCUGAAGAUUGAUGGAAUCUUUGCCUUAUGCAUUUGUUUUGUUUUCACAAAAAAGGAAACUUGACAGAGGAUCAUGCUGUCCUUAAAAAAUACAACAUCGCAGAGGAAGUAGACUGAUAUUAACAAUAAUUAAUAAUAAUGUGCCUCAUGAAAUAAAGAUCCGAAAGGAAUUUCAGUAAAAAUUUCCUGCAUCUCAUGCCAAGAGGGAAACACCAGAAUCAAGUGUUCCGCGUGACUGAAGACACCCCCUCAUCCAAGAAUGCGAAGCACAUCCAAUAAAAUAGCUGGAUUAUAACUAUUCUUUCUUUCGGGGCCGUGGGGCGGGAGCAGGGGCGAGAGGUGCUGCUGGUACCCGGCUGCUUUUCCUCGGGGGAAGGAUGGCGCACGCUGGGAGAACAGGGUAUGAUAACCGGGAGAUAGUGAUGAAGUACAUCCACUAUAAGCUGUCGCAGAGGGGCUACGAGUGGGAUGCCGGAGACUCGGGCGCCGCGCCCCCGGGGGCCGCCCCCGCACCGGGCAUCUUCUCCUCGCAGCCCGGGCGCACCCCCGCGCCCGCCAGGACCUCGCCGCCCCCGCCCCCCGCCGCCCUCGCCGCCGCUGCCGCCGCGGGCCCUACGCUCAGCCCCGUGCCACCUGUGGUCCACCUGACCCUGCGCCAGGCCGGCGACGACUUCUCCCGUCGCUACCGCCGCGACUUCGCAGAGAUGUCCAGCCAGCUGCACCUGACACCCUUCACCGCGAGGGGACGCUUUGCCACGGUGGUGGAGGAGCUCUUCAGGGAUGGCGUGAACUGGGGGAGGAUUGUGGCCUUCUUUGAGUUCGGUGGGGUCAUGUGUGUGGAGAGCGUCAACCGGGAGAUGUCGCCCCUGGUGGACAACAUCGCCCUAUGGAUGACUGAGUACCUGAACCGGCACUUGCACACCUGGAUCCAGGACAACGGAGGCUGGGCUUGCCUUCUCUGUUGUGUCAUUUACUUUGUCCACUUGGAGCCUACAGAUCUGUCCCCCACCCCCACCCACGCCUGCCCCCUCCCCCACCCCGUGACCCAAAGGAAGAGGAAGGAGCAUGCGCAUCUAGGGGCAGGGGCACCCUACCUUGAGUUGACCCUCAACAAACCUGGCGGGAAGGGGAAGGGGUCUUCUAGGGGAAACAUUGCUUUUGGAAUGGAAGCCUGUGGCUUUCUGGAAUGAAGGGUAGUGAGUUUGGUUUCCCAGGUGGCCCACGGGCCGGAACGUGAGCUCCACGGCUCAGGUGAGCGCGCCGUCAUGGAUCGUUACAGCCCUGGCUGAGGCUGUUGUUGUCAUGCCAUAGGUCAGAGUCACAUAAAAUAAACUCUUGUCAUAACAAAGGACGCGGCAGCCAGAUUACAUCUCAGAGCUCCUCCACUCCUUUACCCCAGAGGACUCGAUUUUCGAUCGUGGCAGUGUAGGGAAGGGCUUCUAUUUUUAUGCUGGUUCCAACUAGGGGUCUGCCUGGCUCUCCCACCCUUGUAAGUGGUGAUAAAUAGUGGUGGCCAUAGCAGCAUGGAGAGAGUGUAGCCUGGAAAGCCAGCCAGACUCUCUUGGCUCCCAUUUUAUGCAAAUUCGCCGAACAGAAUGCAAAUGAUUUCAUAGUAAUUUGGAAGGUGGGGGGGACAAGUGCUCAUCUGUUUGCAGCGUUCUCCCUGGGCUUCUGGCAGCAGCCCCUGUAGAGGCACGGGGGAGGGGGGGUGUUGGGUAAAAGGUAGCUGGGAGGGAGGGGCUCCCACUGUCAGGAGAGACCUCACCUGGGAUUUCACCAGGAGCAGCAGCUUUCCCUUUGGCAGCCUGCAAGCCAGGACUUCUGGGUUUCAAGAAUAGGAAAAGGUCAACACGGACUAAUGCCUUUUCAAGUCCUUUAUGGCUCUUCUUAUCCCGUGAUGUUCCAUGAUCACAGGAGACAUCCAAACACUUACCAUUCUCACACAUAUCGACUGGGCAUUUAAAAAAGUAUGCUAGGCAUCGAAAAAAGACUCACAAGCCUCAAAGCGUGAAACCGUGAUGAAGUGUGUCCCAGAUCCCCUCCAGUGUCCGGCAGUGCCGUAGACACUGGGCAUGUGAUAUGUGGCUAGCCUGGAUGGAGAUGUGAUUGGAGUAUAAAGUACCCACCAGCUUUCAAAGACUUUGUGUGAAAAGAUGAAUGCAAAAAUGUUUUAUUAGUAUUUUUAUGUUAAUUUUUAUGUUAAUUGUAUGUUGCAGUGAUAGUGUUUUGGAUAUAUUGGUUUAAAUAAGACUAUAUUAAAUGUGGCCACUCAAAAAUUUAAAAUUAUACAUGUGGCUCCUGGUUAUAUUUCUAUUGGACAGCACCGGUCUAGACUGCUAACCAUUUAUUACACAGUGUGGUCACCUUUUUACUCCCAUCUUUGGAUAUUAUUACAUAGGAAGGUAGAAAGAGCUUUCCUUUUUGCCCAGACGGGGUAUAGUUUAGACAGCUUUGUGGCACACCGUGUGACUCUUUCCCAAGUGUACUCGCAUCCAGGUUCUCGUUGAGCCCACGUUUGGUGCAUUCAGGGAGGGCCUGGCCACACUUUUAAAGGUGAGUAUCUUGAAGUCAAAGAGGAGGCUUGCCCACCUGCCUCAAGAGUUGGGGUUGGGAGUACAACAUCAGACUUUCGACCGCUAGUCCGAUGUCUGCUAGAAAUAAACUAAAACCUUCCAGUAGGAAUAUUUACUUGGAGACAAUAGGACAGGAUCCUAUUUAGAAGUAAAUAUGUCUGUGUUUGUGAAUGUAGCAUGUCCUGCCACUGACUGAUGUGACACAUUCAUCCAGGGUUGGAGCCAGUAUUCAGUGGAAAGGUGUGACUCGUGUUUUGGGAACCAUCAGGUCAAAGUUAGGGAAGGGUUUGUGCGUGUUGUCAUGAUAAGGGGAUGCUUUCUUCUGUUGGAAGUCAGCUGGGGUCCUGUCCUGUUCCUGGCAGUGUGCAGCAAGGCCAGCAGAUCUCACCUGCUAGAGAGUUCUGAGACUGAGUUGGAUUGUCCACAAGAUGGAAGGACAAAGCAGCUACCCUGGACAAAAGAGGCAGGGGAUCAGAUCCCAGGAGUCCCUUGUGAGUUACUGGACUCCCAGCACUUCUAACAGCAGAUGUGGAAGGGAGUUCCUCGCCCCAGGAACCAGUUCUCUGAAUCUCUGGACAUCAGCUAGGCGUCCUACCAUUUAAUUCAGUUUUGACAUCGACUACCUGGAGCUAGCAUCAGAUCCCGAAGCCUGCCCCCUGCUUUAGAUACCAGUGUCUGAGCCACCCACACUUCUGACCCACCAGUUAUAAACCAGAGGUUUUCACUACCCCUUCCUCACAUUUGAUAAUUUAUUGGAAUGGUUAUCAUUGGAGUGGUUAUGACUCAGGAAUAUACCUGACUUACCACGACUGGUUUGUAAUGAAGGAUACAACUCAGGAACACCCGAAUGGAGGAAUUACAUAGGGCAAGGAAUGGGGGAAGUGCCGGGGAGCUUUCAUGCCCUCUUGGACUGUUCAUCAACCGGGAAGCUCUCAGAACCCCACAGUUUAGGGGUUUGAAUGAAGCUUCUAUUAUGUAGUAGGUAUGACUGAUGAAAUUAUUGGCUGUAGUGAUUAACUCAUUCUGUAGCCCCUCUCUCUCCAGAAAAGGUUCCGGGGAUUGGGGCUGAAAGUUCCAUCCCCCUGUCAUCAGGUCUUGAACUUUCUGGUGACAGGCCUCCCCUCCAUCCUGAGGUGAUACAAGACCACUGGCCACUAACCAUCUAAUUAGCAUACAAAAGACACUCAUCAGUAGAGAUUCCAAGGGUCUUAGAAGCUCUUGUGUCAGGAACUGGGGACUGAGGCUGCGUAUAUUAUAACAAAAGAUACCGCUAUCACUGCUGUCAUUCAGGAAAUUCCAGGAGUUUUAGGAGCUCUGUGCCAGGAACGGGAGGUGAAGACCAAAUGUAUAUUUCUUAUUAUAUCACAAUAUCACACACUCAAUCCAGACACAGGAUGGAGGAGGUACACUUGUAGCGAAGAAGAGGCUAUCAAGGUCAGGAGUCCGUGGCUGGUCUGGCGGGUGAGAUUAGCCCAGCACUGAGGGCCGGGGGCCAAGAGCCCUGGGUCGUGUCCCAGCCUUCUGAGCCGUUUGCUGUUUGGGUGCGUCGCACGCUCCUCUGAACUUCCGUUUCUUCAUCUGCAAAUGAGAGAGUUGGAUUAGAGGGCCUCUCACUAGAUUUUGUGAUUCUCUAAGUUUCGAAGGCUAGGGAAUCAAGUAGAGUGGUAUUAAUAUCCAAUCAGUGAUAGCAUUGGGGUUUGGUUUUACUGCUUUUUCUUUUGUCUAAUAUAUUCGGGGGCCCCUGGGACCCAUGGUAAAUACCAUCACUGGCUUGGACCAGUUAUUUGGCCCUGAAUGAGUCAGGGGUUGGGUCUAGGAUUCCCUUAGAGCUUUGGCCGGUGCACGGGUGUUGUAGCGUAAUGUCUACAAACAUGUAUACGUAUUUCUCUUUCCUGGCUCUCUUCUCUUCACCCCUGUCCUUUCUGUGAGUCAUAAUUAUUUCUUAUCUGAUCUCUUGAAAGUCUACCUGUUGUGCAGGUAGUAACUCUCCCCCACGUUGAUCAGAUGCCGUAGAAAAUCACUGCUCGUUCUCUGUCUGCAGCUGUGUUUCCUGCUUUGUACCGCCUAUGAACUGAAAGCUCCUGGGCUAUCCAUGAAGACUUAAGAAUUUCACUCCUUUCCUUUGUAAAGACUAGGUUUUAAUUGCUUUUGGGAGGUGUGGGGAGACAAAAGCCCUUGGAUCUCAAGGUAGCUAUGUACUUCGUAGAACAUCACCCCAGGACCACAUUCCCCCACUGAGGGUUCCAGCCACCUCUUCCGCCUCAUUAUACUUUGCCGAGCGCUGAGAAGCCUGGCAUCGUUUCUGUUGGAAUGAAAAGAUUGGCAGAGCUGCCCGAGACAGCAGUAGCACAAAACACUGUGGCAGAAGGUUUGGUCUAUACCAAGGCAGCCAGAGUAUUAAUUGCAUUCUCUGUGAUCACAAAAAAAAAAAAAAAAAAAAAAAAAAAAGCGCUGAAUUAUUCUCUUCGUGUUUUAAGAAUGACAGGCUUUCUCUCUGCCAGCUCUAAGUGUCGUGGUAUCACAUGGCAAGGAGAUGCUAGAUUUGAAAAAAGAAGUCUCGAAGUGAAGAUCUCUGGUAGGCAGCUAGUUCUUAGAAAAAGAUCUAAAGAUGAGUUCUUUUAGAGUGGGUACCUGUAGAAGAUAGGGAAUGGCGGGGGGGGGGGGAUUUGUCUCCAUAAAUUUAUGCGGUCUCUUAUAUUUUCCCAUUUCGAGAUCUUGUUUUAAAUUUUGAAAUGAGACAUUGGAAGUUUCUAGCUACAGUUUGUUUUUGUGGGUGGGUUAGUGAAAACGUGGUCAGGAGGAUUUUGAGAUGUGCUUAUCUUCCCCCAGACCCUGUACCAACAGGCUGGGGAAUAACCAAAUGUCCGCGCCAGGCACUCACCCCCUUUGGGCCUCUGUCGGGAGCGUACUCCGUUCACACCCCACGCUGACAUGUAUGCCACCCAACACAUGCCCGGACCUUGCCCGGUCACCGUCACCCCCAGACCCGCAGAGGAUAUUUUGUCAAGACUGUUUGUGAUGAUUUAACUUGGUUGGGAGGAGAAUAGAUAAAGCAGGUGUCAGCCUGUGUAUUGGGGAUUUUCCUCUGAUGAAAAUUGUUGUUCUGUGCCACACCCCACCCUCCCUUCACAACCCCGAAAAAGAGAAGUAUGUGCGUUGCUGAUGUUCAGGGUUUGAGGGUGUUUUGGUUUAAAGUGCUCCGGGGAUCAGAGAGCAUUUCAUUCUGGGUAGUAUGGUCCGGAGAAGUGUUUUGGUUUCAUGUGAUUAGACCUGUCUCACCAGUCCUGCUGCUUGGGUGUUCUCUUUCUCUCUCUCUCUCUCUCUCUCUCUCUCUCUCUCGCGGUGGGGGGUGCAGGGGGAGAGCGUGCAGGGGAAGCAGCCGCUGAAAGUCUGGCUGGAUGCUGGUAGGAGGAGGCUGGGUCCCGCCGGCUGCACUGGAGGCUUCCAGCCCAGCUCCACUCUUCUGAACUUGCCCUGCCAAAGCGAGGCUCCUCCGGCAAACACCGGCUUGCGGUGGGAGAGCCAUUGCUGACAUGACUUGUCAUCCGCAACGGGAAGAUGCCAGAUCGUGAAGACCUUCCGUCUUCGGGCUUCUGAGCCCAUUCUGCUCAGUAGGGAGCUCGUUUUCUUUCCUGGUGCAUGGUGUGGGAGAGCGCUUCACUCCAUGGAAACUUCUGCUGCAGAAGCCUUUUCUGACAGUUCCCCCUCCCCGUACACACACCCGUUUCACCCACAGAGUCAGGGAGAACUGUUAAGCCAGUCCUCAGUGCCCUAUCUCGUGGCCGAAGGACCAUUCAUUUAAGAUGUGGGAGAGAAUGGCUCUGCCAUUCUCACCUGCUCAGUGCCACGCAUGAGCCCCUCUUCUGUGGGGGAGCCCUGCUCUGUGAUCGGAGUACAAGGCCCUGCCUGGAACUGUGGAUGUAAGGUGAUAUGUAAAGCCUGCAUCAUUUCUAACCCAUGUUCCUUAGUUCGGAAGAAUAAAACCUUUCUAAAAUAUUGUAUUUGUUUCAGUGUCCACCUUAAUAUAUCAGAUUGCCGUCCGUUCAUAUCUAUGACCAUAAAGGUUACUGUCCAAGUUGGGACCUUAGAAGGGUGACAGGAGGUGUUAUUAAUUACUAUACUGGGACAUCGGGAGAAACUGGGAUGCUCCCAGGCAUGGGCAGCUAUAGGCAUAACCCUGAAUGUAUUCACCUUCUUAAGGAUCAGGCAUUACUUUUUUAAAAAAAAGUUUGUGCUGAAUCCUUUCUGCAUUUUUCUGAAAACCAAAUGGGACUGUUUUGUAGGUUUCCAUGUUGGAACAAACCACCCUCCAAACAUCUCCCUGAGAACCACUCUAACUGACCUGUGAUAUCUUUCCCUGGGUCUUGUCUGGACUCUGUGUUUCCACGCCAAAGAGACAGCCCCAUGGAGCUUUCCCGUUCUGUCUCACUCCUGGGAGGUCAGCACUGCUCCCAGGCUUCUUGGGCUGGAACCCAGCUUUCUUCCCGUGGCAUUCCUCUGCUUCACAAAUACACUCCCUUGUUUAGGAGACUAAGAUUAGGAAAAAGAGACAUAAAAUAGGCUCCAUGUCUCUUUCAUUAUGGUCCCCUUCCACUUUUCCUCCAUGGGAAGGGAGAGCAUCUAAAACACUCAUGUUCUGGUCUGUUUUAAUGAGGAAGAAAAAAGAAUACUCACGAGUAGUCCAGGACCUCAGUGGAUAGUGUGACAGAGAAGGUUCCAGAUGAACGAAGUAGUUCUAGGCCGUUUGCUCACCUUCAUGCUGUUGAAUGGGCUUUUGGGUGCUGUACCUUUGCACGUUGGGAGAGGACACCUUGGUUUAACUGCAAACCUCAAGAGGGUGUUUUCUCUGUUUAUUCCGCCUUCUGUGAAUGAUGCCAGGUGCAGCAGGCUUGUGGAGCCCUGGACACCUGACAAGUAUCGGUUUCCAGAGCUGAUGAGGGCCUGUUGAAGGGCGCUAGGCCGCAUGUGCCGGUAGCUGUCCAGCUAGGUAAUGCUCCCAUCAACACGGUCCUGUGAGUCCUUGAUAAGAAGAGUGAUGACUUUUUGAAAAACACAGAAUAUUUUUCUCACAGCCAUGAACUUCCAGCUCUCGGUCAAAAUGAUAAUACACUUUGGGAACAAAUGAAGAAUGUAAACCCAGCACAUGCGCCUCAAGAAUUUGACAUUGGAAGAAAAUCUGCUUCAUCCCACUAAGUAACUCUUGUGAAAACCUCAUCCUUUUUUUUUUUUUUUUUGCUUUUUUUGCUUUUUUUGCACUUUUCAAUGUGCAGCUAAAUUAGGCCACAGGAAAAGGAUAUCGUACCUUCAAAGAGCCAGCGGGGUUGGCUGGGUUCUUUCUAUUCGUGGAAAAUAGCUGUAGGUGCCGGGGGUAGAAGUCAGGCUUUUUGUUCCACGCUGAGGUGGGAAGGUUCGGUGGUGAGACGCAGGGCUCUGCUGUGGAGGAGGGAGCAGAUGCCGAGCGGCUUUAUCAACAUCUUCUCGGCGUUUGAAAUGUGUUGAUAAUGACCUGGGACAGAGAGACGGGUGGGACGUGGGUGGGAGUAAGAAAGGAACAUUCCUCCUACACAGCGUGCACAUCUUCUCUUGUUUUUCUCUCUGUGGUGGCUGCAGAUGAGGUGAAUCAGGUUAUUCGUUUCCCUGGCCUUCUACCCGGCAUGAGGGUUUCUCGAAGCCCGUAGGGGCUGUUGGCCUGCUGGGCGAAGCGCAAAGGAAGUCCGUGGAAGGAGGGCCGGCUUGAGCAGCGGGCAACAUGCUCCUCCUUCCGUCGCGCUCCCUCUCUCAGGUCCAAGGCCACCAGUGGGAUUCAGCUUGGGUUUUGUUGAAAAGGAUUGCUGCUCUGGCCCUUAUUAUGGGUAAGAUGUGGCAGCAUUUUCUUUGUUCCAAGUUAAAAACCAGGGUUAGGAAUUCUCUUUUGCUUUGAAAACCAUGUUCUGAGGGAGCAUGCUGAGUAGAUGGCUUGGAAGGCCUUUGAAUACUGUUUCUCCCUCUCGUUUCCUGACUUUCUUUCCAGGGACAUUCUCUACUCCCACAGUUUCAGUAGCGUGUACAGGUGGCUGAUUCUCGAAUGACUGUCUCUGCAGAGUCCAGUUCUGCCUGUGUGUACUGUGUCCUGAUGAACCUUUCCUCCCAGGUCUCCUGUGGGCAGCACAAACGUAACAUAUCAUCACAAAUACUUAAUGCAGGAAUAAACUCAUUAUCCUUCCAGAACCUUCCUCGGACUCCACCGUUCGGCUCCAUGUGGGCACGGUCAUCCCCGUCACCCAGAGGCAGGACUUAGGAUGCCUUUCUUGUGCUUCUGCUCAGGCCAUGCAUGGAGCCCCAAGCCCUGCCAUCCUCGGUGACUUCCUAGGCUGGCUGCCACUGCCCUUAGUAACUCUUGCCUCGGAGAUCCCAUUAACCUGCUCCAGUGUCUGCUCCUUCCAGUUUAUGCCUUAUAACAGACUUGAUGAAAAUUCUUCCCUGAUUAAAAAACAAAGAGGCUCCUCUUCUCCAAGAAGGAAAAGGAGCUUGCUGCUAAGUUCCUCCCUUGCUGGAAUGCUCGUCUUUCAGCUGCUCCUGGUGCUCCGUAGCAAGGUUGGCCAGGCCUCAGACCCAUCCUGUCUUCUCUGCUCUGGGCAUUUUUGUUCCUGCUGUUUUUAAUGCUCAUAGUGCUCUGCUUCCAUCCACGUUUUCCAAAAUUCUGCAUCCACUUAGGCUCAGUUCCCCUGGAGGAAGGAAGGUGUCCCUAUUGAAAGCGACUCCGCUCACCUCUACAUCUCUACCAUUCUUCCAGCCUUCCCUGGGCCUCCCUUCCAAGCUCUGAUUCCGCUCUGAGGCACAGAUGUUUGCUUUCCUUGUCUUUCUCCUAGGCAAGAAGUAUGUGGAGGCCCAGCCCCACCUCUUCUGCAUUUGUCUGUUCACCCCUGUGCCUGGUGGUCUCGUACUAAUGGGUACUCAAGGACAUCUGCCAAAGGAAUGAAUCAGUGAAUGAAGGAUAGUGGUCUUGCCAUCCCUUACUUUAAGAUUCGUUCACUUCCCUCCUGGCUUCAUUCAUUCGUUCAGCAAUUAUUUAGUGAGUGCCCGCCUCAGUGCCAGGCAUCUAGCUCCAGCAGCAAGCAAAGCCAAGAUCUCUACCAGAAGGUGCUUCCAUUCUGCCUCCUUGCCAAGACUCCCCAUCUUUGCAGUCCCCCUACUCAGCUCUUGAAGAAACAGAACUGCAGCUAUUUUCAAUAUUAUUAACUUUAUAUUUUGUUAUUCUGUGAAUAAACCUUUCUGCCAAGAAGUUCUGCCUUCUUGGUGGUUUGCAACUUUGAGGAUCUUGUUCUUAAAAUUGGCGACGUAUCCCCGUGGCUGGGAGGGGGUUGGAAACGCUACUUCUUUUCGCUGCCUGACAACCAAAUCAAGGCAUUUUGCAAAUUGCUCUGAAAGAGUGACAAAAGUCUCCUUGACUUUGAGGGUUUUUUGUUUUUGUUUUUGUUUUUAAUCUGCAGCAUCGAAACUUUUGCUAGACCGCUGCCCCUGGAGUAGGAGCAAGGAAGUGCUCAUCUUCCUUGGUUAAUUGCUACAUAUUAUAAAACAAAAGCAAAAACAAAACAGCAGUGAAUUACAUCCGGGCAUCAGUAAGAAUGGAAAACAACUGUUUUUCAAAGUUUGAUCUGUAUGUUACCAAUAAGGAAGAAAUUUAUCCUUUGUAGUAUAGGUAUAUGAAAAUAGGGUAGUGUUCGUGGGAAACAGAUUUAUGGAGAAAGUGCCUAAAAUUUUUAUUGGAUCCAUAUCAUUCUCUAUUUGUGAUUUUGAGUGACUGUUGGUCACAACACACAGACUUGGAAUAAUGUGCUGUCUUCACAUAGGACGCUCUAGCCACAAGUUCUUUUUUAUCGUAGCUGCAGUGAAACGGUAUUUGUGGAAAGAUAUUUCUUUCAAUGCCAAAACCCAACAAUUUUGUUUUCAAAUUCCUGAAAACUAAAAAAAGAAAUCUUGGUGACAUAAAUGUUCCAAAUUCAAAAUGUCCAAAAGUGAACUCAUCAACUUCCUCCUUGAGCUG